AUGCGUGCAGAGGUCCCGAUCCAGCCUAUUCCUCCAGUUACUCCGGGUCCCCCACCUAUUCCUCUGCCUCAGCCUGCUGUUCCAGUUACAAAGGCUCCAGUUGCUCCAGUGCCCCCACCUAUUCCCCCUCCUCGGCCUGUUGUUCCAGUUACUGAGGCGAGUGUCACCCCUGCCUUUUCGACAGUACCUAUAGGAGCUGAGCAUUUCCAACAGUUGAUGUCGGGCAUCAGAGGCGUGAGUGCCCUCUCCUCAUUCAGUGGCAGAGGCCACUGUAGUUGCCCCCUCCUCGUCCUCCUCAACAGCAGCAGAGAGCGCAACUUCCACCCGCCGCUCUUAGGGAUCUUCCUCAGCAGCAGAGGCAGCCAGGCAGACCUCCUCAGUAGAGACAACAAUAGCAGAGACAGUACCAGCAGAGACAACAACAGCCACAGCACCAGUAGAGGGGAUAUCCAGUAUGGUGUCAUCUUAGACUGUGUUGCGAGGACAGUUACGUUUCAUAUCCCAGGCUUGUCGUAUUCCAGUUCGUUGCCGAGCUCAGAGUGA